AUGUAUGUGAAAUGGUUUGAUACAGUAAUGUUUUACUAUGUGAUUUUAGUGAACUGAGUGAAUGUCACUUUUUGUCAUUUUCAAAUUUCCCGCCAGUUCCGUCCCCCGUACGUCCUGACGCUCGCAGGGGACGGAACCCAGAUGACAGAUGCCGGCAUCCGCCGGAUUACAUUGCCGGGACACUGCAGGAGGGACAUCGCGGGAGCGCAGGACAAGGUAAGUGAUCGAGGGAUUGCGGAGCAGCGCCGCAUGGUAAGCCUGAGUGUAGCUCGGGGUUACCGCUUGUGCUACACUCGGGAAUACCGCCAGGGAGGU